UCCUCCUCCUCUUCCUUCUUCUCCCCUUCCUCCUCCUCCUCGUCCCGUAAAAGAAAAGGAGCCAAGACCAAGACCAAAUUCGGACGGUGUAAACAAAAGGUCGCCGGGGGGCCGCGCACACACCGCCGAGGGAGAGACCAUGGCAAGCGUGGUGAAGAAUCUCCUUGUUCCGUUGGGCCGCCUAGCCACACCCUUAUAUGGGGCGGCAACGGCAGCGACCACAAGGACCUCAUUAGCCUGGACGCCCCUUGUGACCAGCAUACGUCAUCGCUACCACGCAGAGAAGGUGGCAAAGGGCCCGCUGCUGAGGAACUAUGGCUACAAGGAUCAGCUGCAUAAUAAGGGACUUCUACCCCGUGUAGCGGAGGAAAAGAGGAGGCUGCCCAUACCACUCUUCCGCCCCAAGAACAACUGGGCGGAGAGGCGGGCACUCUUCGGCCAAAACGACUACAUUGACAUCCUAGGCUCGGGAAACCUCCACCCAACUUCCGUGUCGUACAAUGUCCCGCUCUGGCUGCGCGGGUUCAAGGGCAACGAGUACCAGAUGCUGCUGCGGAAGAGGAAGGUGCUGGGACGCAAUAUGGCCAUCACGCGCCCCAGCAAACUGAAGGAGGCCAACAAGCGCAUCAAGUGGCUCUACCGAUACCUCAACCAGAAGACCAAAGACUACUGGUGGAAGGACGCUUAGGUGUGUGUGUGUGUAUAUGUGUGUGUGUGUGUGUGUGUGCGUAUAUGUGUGUGUGUGUUUGGGGUUAGUGAGUGGUGAAAUUGAGGGUGUUCUGUAGUGCUGGAAUAAUGGUGUGUGUGUUUUUACCAUACAGUAGAUGAGUGUGACAAUUUUGUGUGUGUGUGUGUGUUCCUCUUUCCUCACCAUGCAGAACUUGGAGGAAGGAGUUCAAUGUAUAUAAAAACUUGACCCCAAAAUAAAGAAAGGUAUAAAUA